AUGAUGCACUGGGCAGGUCGCAUAGAGAAGGAACUGGAGAAGGUGUUGCAGCUCGUCACUGGAGUCCAGCAAAUGAAAGGAAUUUAUAAUGAGAAGAGAAAUCAGUUUGCUGUGGAGCGAAGCACGCCCAAACAGCUGGUGGAGAAGGUAUCAGGAGACAUCGCCAAACUGCUCAACAGGAAACGCAAAGCACUGGAGAGGUUGGCUAGAGAGGCUGAAGACAUGCAACGAGAGCAUUCAUGGCAAGACGGAAUCAAAGAAAAUGACAUCCAGUACUAUGACUCCAAAGCCGACUCGGAUGUUCCGGAUGAUGUUGAUGUAGAAAACCUCUUGGGAAAUCCAAACUCUCUUUCUUUGGAGUUUGUGGAUGAUCCCAACUUCAAGAAUAAAGUCAACUACUCAUAUACAGCCGUACAGAUUCCUACUGACAUCUACAAAGGCUCUCCCACGAUCCUCAACGAGCUGAACUGGACUCAGUCUCUGGAGAGGGUCUUCAUUGAAAACAGUCGUGAGGAUCCUUCGCUGCGCUGGCAGGUGUUCGGCAGCUCCACCGGAGUCACCAGAUACUACCCAGCCACAAAGUGGAGAGCACCCAACAAGAUUGACCUGUAUGAUGUGAGGAGACGCCCGUGGUACAUUCAGGGAGCUUCUUCUCCAAAGGAUAUGGUCAUCAUCGUAGACGUGAGCGGUAGUGUCAGCGGACUGACCCUGAAGCUGAUGAAAACCUCUGUCUUCGAGAUGCUGGACACACUUUCUGAUGACGACUAUGUAAAUGUGGCUCGGUUCAAUGAGAAAGCGUACGCUGUGGUGCCGUGCUUCACAACGCUGGUCCAAGCCAACAUAAAAAACAAGAAGAUCUUUAAAGAGGCUGUGAUGAACAUGCAAGCGAAGGGGACGACAGACUAUAAGACGGGCUUUCAGUUUGCCUUUGACCAGCUGUUAAACGAGACCAGCGCUCCGAGAGCAAACUGCAAUAAGAUGAUAAUGAUGUUCACAGACGGAGGCGAGGAUCGCGCUCAGGACAUCUUUGAGAAGUACAACUGGCCAAACAAAACAGUGAGAGUUUUCACAUUCUCGGUGGGGCAGCACAACUAUGACGUCACUCCUCUGCAGUGGAUCGCCUGUGCCAACAAGGGUUACUACUUUGAGAUCCCUUCCAUUGGAGCCAUAAGAAUCAACACACAGGAGUAUUUGGAUGUUCUUGGACGGCCAAUGGUGCUGGCAGGUGAACGGGCUAAACAAGUGCAGUGGACCAAUGUUUACCAGGAUGCUCUGGGUUUGGGGCUCGUCAUUACCGGCACAAUGCCAGUCUUCAAUCUCACCACUGACGGGGACUCCAAAAAUCAGUUGAUUCUUGGUGUCAUGGGUGUAGACAUCGCCCUCAAUGAAAUUAAAGAACUCACACCGCGGUAUAAGCUUGGAGCCAAUGGUUACACGUUUGCCAUAGAUCCCAAUGGCUAUGUGCUGCUGCACCCCAACCUACAGCCUAAGAUCAUUAACUUCAGAGAGCCGGUCACAUUGGACUUCUUGGAUGCUGAACUUCCAGACCGCAACAAGGAGGAGAUCCGCCGUCAAAUGAUUGAUGGCAAAGCAGGACAGAGGAGAAUCAAGACACUGGUGAAGUCUGUGGAUGAGCAUUACAUUGACGAGGUCCAGAGGACGUACAUAUGGAGUCCAGUAGAGGGCACAGAUUACAGUCUUGGAUUAGUUCUGCCGUCCUACAGUGAAAACCACAUCAAGGCCAACCUGAGCGACCAGAUCCUCCAGGUCCAGUACGGAUCAGUCUUCAAGGAUUUUGAGUCUCUCCUGCCAAACACUUUUGAGUCAGAGGGACAUGUGUUCAUUGCCCCCAGGGAAUACUGCAAAGACCUGGAGCUGUCCAACAACAACACAGAGUUCCUGCUCAACUUCAUCGCUCUGAUGGAGAAGGUCACGCCGGACUCCAAACAAUGCGACAAUUUCUUGCUGCAUAAUCUGAUCUUGGACACGGGCAUCAUUAAGGAGCUGGUAGAUAAAGUCUGGAAGAACAAGGACCUCAACACGUACGGCUUUAUAACAGUCUUUGCAGCCACAGAUGGAGGCGUCACUCGAGUUUUCCCUAAUAGGGCCUCUGAGACCUGGGAGGAAAAUCCAGAGCCGUUUAAUGCUAGUUAUUACCGUCGCAGUCUGGACAACAAGGGCUACAUCUUCAGAGCCCCCUACCGCACCGCCAAUGACGACAUACUGAAUCCAGAGAACGACACCAUCGGUAUUCUGGUUAGCACUGCAGUGGACAUUACCAUAGGAAUCAGAAACCUCAAACCUGCAGUUGUGGGUGUGAAGCUUGACCUUGAGGCUUGGACUGACAAAUUCAAGAUCCUGGCGAGCAACCACACCAACAGCAACCGACAGAGCUCUCAAACGUGUGGACCAACCAGUGGCUGUGAAAUGGACUGUGAAGCCAACGGUGAUGACUUGCUUUGUUAUCUGAUAGAUGACGGCGGCUUCCUCGUCAUGUCCAAUCAGAAAGACUACUUGAAUAAGAUCGGGAUGUUCUUUGGCGAGGUCGAUGCCACCCUGUUUUACGCCCUCUAUAACAACUCCUUCUACAAACGCAAGCAGUCUUACGACUAUCAGUCGUUGUGUGACCCAGUGCCCAGCAGCAACACAGGGGCCGCCCCGCGAGGAGUGUUUGUGCCUACUAUUGCUGAUGUGUUAAAUGUUGCCUGGUGGACGUCAGCCGCUGCCUGGUCACUGCUGCAGCAGAUGCUGUAUGGAUUCGCCUAUCAGAGUUGGUUCAUGACAGAUGAGGUGGAUGCUGAAGGAAUGGAGUCUAGAGCGACCAGCUGUGUGACGGUACAGACACAGUUUUACUUCAGUAACAUCAGCAGCUCCUACAACAUACUGCAGGACUGUGACAACUGCUCCAGGUUAAUUCAUGCUAGGAGAAUAAACAACACCAACCUGCUGUUUGUGGUGGCUGAAAAACUGUCCUGCGACUCCUGUGAAAUAGAGAAACUGUCUCAGGUGGAAACAGAAUACAAGGAAAUUAAUACAUGCGAGACAAUAGCCACAGCCCGGUAUAGAAAAGGAACCACGAGCUGUUUCGACUACAGUGUUUUAGAGAACACAUCAGACUGUGGGCGGGGUCACUCGUUCCGCCCCUCCCUCCUCACUUUACUCCUCCUCCAGCUCCUCCUCCUGUGUGUUCUGGCCCACCCCUCUGUUUAACUCCAUCCUCCUGUCCUCCUCUCCCUCCUUAAUUCCGCUUUUCUCCUUUAUCUCCCCGUUGCUCUAGUCAUAGGUAAUAUAAUGGGACUUCCUCUUGCCCUUAUACGGAAGCCCAGUCGUGCUGCUUCAUCCACUUAGCUUCACAGGUUGUUGCUUAGUGACCGUUGCAGAACUUUGUCGUCUCCUGCCAAUCAAGAGCAUUUGUGGAAGGAGCUAAAAGUGUCUUUGUGAAAACAGGAAGCUAGCGAUGUGGAAACCGACGGCCAUCUUGGACCAUUGAAGAAAUGGUUGAAAAUGACAUGGACUGUUGCCUCCUGCCUUUGCGGCUGUAAGGGGGUUGGGUUUUGUUUGACUCCGCCUCUAAAGGGAAAGGUCAUCCUCAUCAUCCUCAUCUUCAUCCUGUAACCCGUGUCGCGAGGCUACGGGACAUUCUAACGCCAUCUAGCUUCCGGUAAUAAGAAAAUAACCAAAUAAGAACAGAACUUUAAGUGAUUCUCAAAAAAGUAUCAAUAACAACAUGUGAGUAUUAAAAACAUACCUCCAUAUAUUAGGGUAUUUAAUGAGAAAGGGAAGACGAUAGAUGAUAUUUAUUCAAUUAUCUUUUGUUUAUUUAUGCACUAUAUCUACUUCUUGCCAAAACGAGACUUGUUGUGUGGUCUAACUUUUCUAGCCAAAUUAGGAGGUAAGAAAACCACAGAAAAAGAAAGUAGUGAAAUUGAAGAGGUAUCGCACCAUUCCUUCAUCAGUCACAAGGGCUUCAUAUAUUUAUUAUUUAUAUUUAUAUCACAACCCUGAUCCGAUUAGGUUAGGCAUUUUAUUUGUGUUUAUUCUUUGUAUCACAAGGUAAACUAUAUUAAUGCCUCAGUAAUAUAAUAUUUGCAGCUAAUAUGUAAUAACAUGUUCAUUUUUAAACGACUAGUUCACCCAAAAAUGGCAAUUUUGUUUGAUUUAUUCACCCUCAUGCCGUUCCAAACCUGUUUGCUGUUAUUAUUUCACCAAUGAGAAUUUUUUUAAGAAUCAGGAUAGUGACCGUGAUUUCCAGCUCCAAAAAAAAAAUUAUCAUAAAAGCAGUCAGCAUGAAGUUGUCUAAAGUCAAACGAUAGCUUAGUGUUAUAAUCAGACCGAAAGCUAUUGUGUGGCUUCAGAAGACUUGGAAUAUUGCACAUAAAUCAUAUGGACUACUUCUAUUUCUCUUUUUUUUUUUUGGAGCGUGACAGACAUGGUCACUGUUAUUGAAUGGAAAACAUUUAGGUGAACUGUUCCUUUAAAUAAGAUGAGAUGUGCUAAUGAAGAGAUUUUUGAUGGAUUGAAAUGCAGUUUGGGUGUUUUUUAGCGAUGAUAUCUGUUUGCAUUCUUUGUAUUUCUGUGCUGUACAGUUUUUCACAAUCUCAGAAUGUUAACCACAUAUUGCAUCUGAUCACUUCACAACACAUGCUGUUUGUUUGCGCCAUCAUUUGCACUGAUGGAUUUGUCUGUGAAUAGUAAUAGCAACCAUGAUCCUAGUCAAUAUGGUCAUUCAUGUAGAGGAGAAAUGUUUUAUUUUUCAUAUGUACGUAGGGCCCAAAACAUACUCAAUGCAAACAUUUCUAGAUAUGUAGGCUGGAUUAAAUGUUAAAUAAUGUGCCGAUGCAAUUGAAGCAUUUGCGUCUGCUUGCAUACUUGUAUAGAGUAUGUGUUUCAGGCCUCAUUAUCUGUCAUGACAUUAUAUCUUAUGUUGAAAUGUUAAUAAUGCUAUGAAACCUAAGCAAAAAUCCUUGUUUUGGGCCCUGCAUCAACCUUCUUUUAGCUGUGCCUUGAUGCACUAUUAUAUUGGACAGCAUUGAUCAUAGAGCUCCACUAACAGUUUAGUGCAGUAAAAGUCUUUUGUGGGCCUUAAAACUCACAGGUUGUGUUUGACAUAGAAUACUAUCAUACUACAUACUAUAUUCUUCAUGCCAUUUAAAAAAAAAUGCAUUAAUGUUCACUAAUGAACAUUUUUAUGAUUUGUCCUGGUCACAUGAUUGCUUGGAUGACUAACUAUAUUUGUCAAAAUAAGCAUUACAAUAAAUGGAAUACAAUAUUUACCAUGAUUAGCCAAUAAUCAAGUCAAGAGUGAAAUAGUCACAGUUGAUAUUGCUUCCGGUCAUUCAUCACACUGGAAAUGGCAGGUCAAGUUGAGUGCAUUGCAUUGUGGGAUACUGUAUUCGGUAUUCCAUGUGAUGUAAUGCGCAUUUUGAUAAAUGUAGUUGCUUUUCAAGUAUUCUACACAUCUGGUGUGCAAUGUGCAUACAGCAGAAAUAGUAUGGUUAGUAUGCUAGUAUGCUAUUCCGGACACAGCUCGUGCCUCCAAACAUCAUCACCUGACUGAUAUAAGGGAAUGCUCAUUUGUUUUUGUUUAAUUUCGAGUAUUUUUGAGCCGCAGUGUUUGCCAUAACCUUCAGCAUCAUCCCUGCAAUGUACACAAACUUGACAAGCACCUUUAUUUUGUCAGUAAACGGAGCUAAAUCUGAACCUCACUGACUGAUUCUCAGUUGCACGUUUGGCAUUUUAGUGGCCAUCACCUUCAAUGCUCCUUUAAGGUUCAGUGGCAAGAGGUUUAAGGACGGCCCAUCGGUUUUAGGAUUGUCUUUGUAAGAGCUUUUCAUGCAUUCAAUCCUACUGCUAAGCUGCUACCGAGUUUUAGUAAAGUACAUUUACAUUUAGUCAUUUAGCAGACGCUUUUAUCCAAAGCGACUUACAAUU